GGCCUUGCCUGGCACACUGACGACGUCGCUCUGCGCACAAAGUUCGAGGAGUUCGGCGCUGUUGAGGAAGCUGUUGUCGUCAAGGACCGUGACACCGGACGCAGCCGUGGCUUCGGCUUCGUGCGCUUCUCCAACGAGGGUGAGGCUGAUGAAGCCAUCAAGGCCAUGAACGAGAUCGAGUUCGACGGUCGCACCAUUCGCGUGGACAAGGCUUCCGAGCGCGGCAGCGGCGGCGGU